UUAAUUUAUUACCAUUAAAAAAAAAAGGAAAAAAGAAACCCUAAAACUAAUCAGAGUAUCGAGCGAGCAAUCUUCCAACGGCAUCGGCUCCAUCACGCCCGGCAGAGCAAUCUCCUCUAGUCUUCUCUCCGAAGUUUAGAAGUUGUCCUCUUCAAUCUCCAUCUCCGAUUCCAACAAAUAGGAACGGAGUCUUCACUCUGGAACCUCGAUGUCUUAUAGAGGUUCAGAUGAUUUGCCUAGAAAGUUUGGGCGCGGCGGGGACCGUAGAGGCAGAGACUUACCGUAUCGAAAUGGAAGGCAAUCAGAGUCUGAGGAAUCGGAUGAGGAAUUGAAAGGUCUGAACUAUGAGGAGUAUAGGAGGCUUAAGAGGCAAAAGAUGAGGAAGAUGUUGAAGAAAUGUAUUUGGAAUGUUACACCUAGUCCUCCUCGGAAUGAGAACGAGGAUUCGGAAUUUGAGGAGAAGGCUGAGGAAAUUUCGGAUAAGCAUCCUGGGGAAAUGAGCGAUUCAGGCGAGAAGGAGAGACCGAAGUCUGAUUCUGAGCGUAAAUCUGAGUCGGAAUCUGAUGAUUCGCGAUUGAAGAAAAAGAGGAAGAGUUUGGGUAAAAGGCGUAAAAGUAGAAGAUCAUCUUAUAGUAGUAGUGAUAGUGAGAGUGAGAGUGAAUCUGAUGAGGAAGAAGGCGAUAGAAGGAGAAGGAAAUCAAGAAGUAAGAGGAGUAGGAAACGUAAGAGCAGUAGGAGAAGUAGUAAGAGAAAAAGAUCCCGGAGAAAGAGUAGGCGUAGUAGUAAUUCGGAUGAGAGUGAGAGCGAUGAUUCUGGUUCUGAAGCGAGUAGCUUUUCAGAUGACCACACGAAGUUGAAGAAGGGAAAGAAGUCGUCUAAGUCCUCGCGUUCUAAGCGGAUUAAGAAGAAAAGAAGCUCUGAUACAGAGAGUGGAAGUUCCCAUCAUUCAGAGGAGAAUUUGGAUUCUGAAAUUGAUGCCAAUAGUAAACCAAAGGUGGAGGAGUUAGAGGAAGAAACAGAUAUGGAGGCCCUGAAAUUCAAGGAAUUGAUUGAAGCGCAGAAGAAGCCUGCUGCAUUAGAUAACGAACCUAUGGUUGGGCCAGCGCCAUUGCCAAGAGCUGAAGGGCAUAUCAGCUAUGGUGGUGCACUUAGACCUGGUGAAGGUGAUGCCAUUGCUCAAUAUGUUCAGCAAGGGAAGCGUAUUCCUCGUAGAGGAGAAGUGGGUCUUUCUGCUGAGGAAAUUUCGAAGUUUGAGGAUCUUGGGUAUGUGAUGAGUGGAAGCAGGCAUCAAAGAAUGAAUGCCAUUCGUAUAAGAAAGGAAAAUCAAGUUUAUAGUGCUGAGGAUAAACGAGCCCUGGCUAUGUUUAACUAUGAGGAGAAGGCAAAGCGUGAACACAAAGUCAUGGCUGAUUUGCAGCGGUUAGUUCAGCGCCACAUUGGGCAAGACGUUGGUCCUACCCACGAUCCUUUUGGUUUGAAGCCAUCUGAAGCUUCGGACGAUUGACCUCAUCAUGUUAUUGUUAUCUAAACUGGCUAUGUAAGAUUUUCUGUCCUUAAUUUGGUGUUUUUGGUUUAAGAUAUCUGAUGGUAGGUAGGGACACCGACAAUUAAAAGAAGCGGGACUGAUUUUCAGACCAUAGUUUUUGCUUUCAAUUCCUGAAAAUCACGAGCGAUGAUGCAGUUAGUUGGUGCCCUCCUCCCUCCAAAGGAUUACAUUUUUAUCAACUGUGAUGCCAAGUUGCGAUAACUUGGGGGAAAGUGGGGUAGUUUAGCUUCAAAAACUGGUUCCUUUCUUUGGAGGCUCUUGCUCUUGCGAUCAGGGAAAAAGGUUAUUUUCAAACUACAGCAAUGAGUCGAAUGACAUCUCAAAGGUCAAAUGCACUAAUUCUAGAACUCUUGUUUGAGAAUUGGUUUCAAAUGAUAUUAAGAUAGAUAGAUCCUUUCUUUUUGUAAUUUGUCAUAAGAUUUUUCAUUCCCCUAAUAGGGUGGCUCACACUUGAAAUGUCUAUAGUCAAAAAUUGUAUUAUGAAACACAAAACAAUGUUUGUUUAAACAUGAAAAUUGGGGGUGUUAGUUCGGACCUUAGAAUAGCAGGUUGGUUUUGUCUCACUCAUAAAGGACUCCUAUAAUUGGAUUAGAUGGAAUUAAUGAAUUCAUUCAUUGGCUUAAGAAGAA